GUCCCGUAGAGCAAACUACAUUUACAUUGUAAUAUUGAGAAAGAGAAGAACGCUAUCGGCAUUUACUAGAAGUUGGAAGUCGUAGAGUGUGUUCGGGAAAAACAAACUUCAUUCCAAAGAUCUGGCCGGGCACUGAGGUUCCAAAGCGCACCAUUCAACUGAAAACCAUGGGCGGCGAAAAGAAAUUACAUGCAUGUGACGUAUGUGGAAAAAAAUUCACACAGGCGUAUGAUAUGAAAUCCCAUUAUCGGAUUCACAGCGGUGAAAAACCGUUUGAAUGCGGACAAUGUGGAAGGAAGUUUUCUCAAAAAUCUUCCCUAACAUGUCAUCUCCGCCUUCACACCGGAGAAAGACCAUACGAAUGCAAGCAAUGCAAUAAGAGGUUUGCUCAAAGUAUUCAUCUCAGGAUUCAUAUCAUGAGCCACACGGGAGAAAAACCAUACGAAUGCGCACAGUGUGGUCAGAGAUUUUCUCGUACGCAUUCUCUCAAAGAACACAUCAUGAGGAUCCAUACCGGUGUCAGACCAUACGAAUGUGAAAAAUGCGGAAAAAAGUUUACUAGAAUUUAUACUCUCAAGGGUCAUAUGCGACAACACAGCGGAGAUAGACCAUAUGAGUGUGAAUACUGCCACAUGCGUUUUACUCAUCGUAGUAGUCUUAGCACUCAUAUCCGCAUUCACACAGGUGAAAAACCAUAUGAGUGCAAGCAGUGCGGCAAGGGGUUUCCUCGAAAGGAUCAACUCGAUGAUCACGCAAAGACCCAUAGCAGUCGUGAAAAAACAUACGAGUGCGAACAGUGUGAUAAGAGGUUUCCUACCCUUCGUUCUCUUAAACUUCACAACAAUACUCACAGUGGUAGCAAACCAUUGGAGUGCGAAAAAUGUGAGAUGACUUUUUCUUCCAGUGGCGCUCUCAGGACUCAUUUCAAAGUGCACACCAGUGAAAAACCGUAUAAAUGUAUUCAUUGUCCUAUGAGAUUUUCCGGAAGUGUUCCACUCAAGGUUCAUCUCAGGGUCCACACAGGUGAAAGACCAUAUGAAUGUGCGCAGUGUGGGAAGCGAUUUUCCCAAGCGACCCAUCUCAGGACUCACGGGAAGAUUCAUACCGGUGAAAAAUCAUAUGAAUGUGAGCAUUGUGGUAACAGAUUUUCUUGCAGUAAAGGCCUUAAGGUUCAUAUUCGAACGCACACUGGAGAGAAACCAUAUAAAUGCGAAAUAUGCGGGAAGAAAUGUUCGCAAAGUGCAAAUCUCAAGAGUCAUAUUAUCAGUGUGCAUGAUGGUAGUAAACCAUAUGAAUGCGACCAGUGUGGAAAGAGGUUCUCGGAGAGCAGUAAUCUCACGAGUCAUAUCAGAUCUCACACAGGUGAAAAACCAUACGAAUGCAAACAAUGUCGGAAGAAGUUUUCGCACAGUCAUAAUCUUAAGAGUCAUCGAUGCCAGGAUUCACAGAGGUGAAAAACCACGUGGCACCGAUAUUGCGAAAGCCUUGGUGGUUCAGCGGUUAGAGCGUUGCACUAUGGAUUCGGUGGUCACCGGUUCGACUCCCGGUGAAUACAUUUUUUCUUUUUUUUCAAAACUUUCUCGUUAUUUAUUCACUCAUGUAAGUUUAUCAGGCGCGGAUCCAAAGGGGUGCACUGGAUGCACGCCCCCUCAUUGAUGAAAAAUCUUUGAAAUUGACCAUGAAAUUUUGGAGCUUUGAUAUAAGUUCAUAGAUUAUUGAAUUGUUGUCAUCAUCGAGGCAAUAGUGUAUUCACCGUGUAUGAUACAA